UUCUAAUUGCUUUUUCAUGACUAAUUUAUUUGGAAUUGAGGAUUUCCAUUUUCCUCCUGUAUUUUAUUAAAACCGGCACAACCGACAUGAAUACUGGUUGUACCACAGUCAAACCAUUCCACUUACAAAACCGGCACACCGGCAUAAAUCGGUUUGACAACCUCAAUGGCUAUCAAACAAGCAUUAAGUAUCAUCUUCUACGGGAUCUCGGCGUACGACGGUGUUUGCAAAAUCUUACCGUAUGAUGGUCGGAACGGAAAAAAAAACUGUUUAUCGAAGUCUAAGUCGGUAGGCAGGCGAUUUUAACAUGGAAGAUCUCUACCAUCAGCAUUUGUCAAUGAAAUGAAUCUGGAAAAAAUAUCGUAGCGGCACAUGAACCCUACCAUUUGUCUGGUUUGACCAUGCACAAAGAAGUGUAGCACUUCCAAAGAAAAGAAAAGAUCGUCACCUCUAGAGGUGUGGAACAAUUUGGUCCGGUCCGAACCGACCAAACUCACUAGAACCGUGAUUCAUUAGUGAAAAGCAUCUUAGCAGACUCAAGGAUCGAACCAUUAUUGCGUUUGGUCCAUUUGGUCUGGUUCGAUUCGGUCUAAAUAUCAGCUCCGUCCAUCAUUUCUUCAAUAAUUGUAAACUUCACGUGGACCAAGGACCGUAAUGCAUUAUACUCAAUCUGAUACGGUCCGAUCGAAACUUUGGUUUGGUCCGAUGGGGUCCGAUAUAAUUGCACACCCCUUACCCCUAGUCACCUAACUCACCUCUAGAGAGUAGAGACUAGACUCAAAAAAAAUAUAUAUAUAUAUAUAUAUAUUUGAAAAAUAAAGUACCCGUCUGCCUAGUGGUUGGGCCUCAAGUCUUUCUUGGGUCCUAAAGCCCGCCCAAGAUUAUGCCACCAAAGCCCAGCGCACAAGGGAAAGAAGACCGGCCCGAUAUAUGUCUUCUUUCCGACUUGAGUUCGCCCAAUCACGCUGCGUGAUCGACACAAUUCCUACUAAAUCUACGAAGAGGCCACAUAAACAAACUCUCUCUCAAAAGUCAAACCUCUCAUCUCAAAAGAGUCGGACCAAAUAGAAACGAAGAGCAGGGAGAAGCGGAACUGAACAGCUAGGGUUUUCUUUCUCGUCCACUCUCGUGUCUGCGAUUUCCUCUUCUCGCCAGGUAACUCUCACGAAAAAACUUACUUCCGCUUUGCUGACAGCGCCAUGUUUGAUUCGGCGAAGAUUUUGAAUUUGUCAUUUUCAUGGUUUAGCGCGCUGCCGAUAGUCUGUCUGUUUUUGCGUCGUCCUUUUUGGGGGGUUUCUCGAAAGGUUCAAGUCUUUUGUGAUAGAUGUCAAAAUCACGAAGCUCUUGAGCUUCAGGUGGGUACUGGGAAGAUUUAGCUGUUGUGGUUCUUGUUUGACCUUUCGUUGGUUCUUGUUUCGGCAGAUUUCAUUGACGCAAUGUCUCGUGUUUACGUGGGUAAUUUGGAUCCUCGGGUUAGUGAGCGUGAGCUUGAGGAUGAAUUCCGGAAAUUCGGUGUGAUCAGAAGUGUUUGGGUUGCCCGACGACCUCCAGGUUAUGCUUUUAUCGACUUUGAUGACAAAAGGGAUGCUCAGGAUGCUAUUCAUGAGUUAGAUGGUAAAAAUGGAUGGAGAGUUGAGAUGUCCCACAACUCAAGAGGUGGUGGUGGUGGUAGAGGUGGAGGUGAAGGUGGUAGAGGUGGAGGUCGGUUUGGAGGUUCAGAUUUGAAGUGCUACGAGUGUGGGGAGCCAGGUCAUUUUGCACGUGAAUGCAACUCACGUGGUGGAUCAGGAAGAAGACGAAGCCGCAGUCCUAGAUACAGAAGGAGUCCCAGUUAUGGCCGAAGGAGUUACAGUCCUCGAGGAGGAAGAUCCCCUAGACGCCGUGCUGAUUCACCCCGCCGCAGCCUCAGCAGGUCGCCACCACCAUACCGUGGGCGCGAAGAGGCACCACCCUAUACCAAUGGCAAUGGUCUGAGGGAAAGACGCCGGAGCAGGAGUUAGAGAUUUUACUAUCAUAGCUUCGUUGAGAGCUAAAUGGAUUAGACAUGUUUAUUGUAUUGCGCUUCACUACGGCUAUGUUGGCUUCUGCAUCUUGGACUUGGAUAAGUUUUCUUCUUACUGUGUGUAUGUUGGUUUACAGUCACUCUGGGUUUUUGUUUGUUUUUCAUAUUUUGAAGUAUCUGUAGGGAGUCGUACUAGUUAUUUGAGCUGGAUUGUUCCUUGUGGUGAUGCUAAAGACUGUGCUUUUCUUUUGUGUUGAGGUUUCGUCUGCAUCUGCUUCUGCUUCCAAUCUCCCGUUGGUUGUGUGGUUCUGCACUUCCAGUUUCAUUAUCUGCUGCCCCUGCGUUUGGGAUCUUCAAUUUUGAAUGGUUGAGGUCCCAUCGUACUACUUCUGUAGAUGCUUCUGUUUGAUUGAACUCUCCCGGCUAUGAUGCGACGCCCUCAAAUUCUUUUGGGACGCCACUUGUCUAGAUGCUUCUGUUUGAUUGAAAUCUCCAGGCUAUGAUGCGACACCCUCAUUCUAUUGGGAUUGCGCUGCCCUCAAAUUCAAUUGGGUUCUGUUGAGUUUACUUAAAAGAGAGCUGCUUCAAACACUUCUGGCAGGUACUUGCAUCUGUUCCUGGAAGUCAAAAGUUUACAGAUGUCGAGUUGAUGGUUUUAACUUUUAAGAUAUCUUAAACCAAGCAAUUGGAUUCUUGGCUUAUUCUGAAGCAUUUUAAGUCGUGUCCUGUCAAAGCAAAUCCCCUUUUGGUUUUGGUUUACUAGGGUUUGGUUCCAUGGAGGUAGGGUUAUUUAUAUGCCAGUUUUUCAGAAGCACUUUAAGUCGAGUCCUGUCAAAGCAUAUCCCCUUUUGGUUUUCGUUUUCUAGGGUUUGGUUCCAUGGAAGUAGGGUCAUUUAUGUGCCAUUAUCUUAAACCAUGAUGAAGUUUGAAACCGUCAACCAAAUUGUAUGGAUGUAUGUCUUUGUCCUUCACCCGUUAAUUCGUUUAUUUGAUUUCGUAAUCUUAGAUCUUUACAGCUUUCUCCAAGGUUUAUGUGUCUAAUGCACAAAUAUAUGCAUCUGUGAUUGAUAUUUGUGUCAAAGUGGUUCUUCAUUUGUCACUUGCCGAGGACUUUGGACUGCCUUGUCGAAUAGAAUGAACCUUCACUGAGAAUCUUCUGUGUCCUUGGUUGUUUGGAGAGCCUUUUUUUCUCUUCCAAGUGGACCAGUCAUCCUAACCUCAGUGAAGCCUCGGGCUUUGUUUGCCUGGCUUAUAGCCACUGCUCCACUCGAAAAGGAGUCCGAAUUCUACAACUGUUGCAGGUAAGUCUCCCGUUGAAUUGGUCGCAUGUUGGUUUUGAUGUCUGAGCUUGAGGGACUGUGGAACUCAGCUUUAUCUACCUAGCUCCACGUUUUUUUUGUCUGCUGAGAGUAGCUCUGUGGGGAAGACGAUGCUGAUGUACGCUGUGGUCUGUACUUUGUACCAAAAGCUAAUCAAUGUGUAGUUAACUUCCUGCUAGUAUGUAUGCAAGUCUCCUUAUAGGGCCUUGGAGGUGUGCAACCUUUUGAAUCACUGAUACAAUUGUGGUGUACGAUUUCGGGCUGUAAGAUGAUGUCGAUUCCCUUUCCCCGAGCUCUGUAGAACGGUACUUUCGCUUAAACAAAAGUGCAGAUUUAGAGAUGGUUUAAUAGGCUUUUAAAUGUGUUUCUGUGUUUACAUUACAUGCCACUUCAGUUUUGAGCAUCGCCUUGAUAUAUAUUUGGGGCAUUUUCUGGGCAACAGAUAUUCACCGGCCGAUUGAAAUGAUAAAGAGUCGAAAUGAAUUGCAUUGUCGCGU